CUUGUUGUGCCGUAAAAUGUUUUUUAACUGGUUAUUCAAUCAGCAAUCAUGCUGCUAUAGAUAUUGAAUACUGACGUGAAAUUAGCACGGAACUAUGUCAGCCGAUGUCAUGAGUUUCAGGCACUCGACAGAUGGAAGGUGGUAUCAUAGCAAAUCAAUACCGAAGUCCGCAAAUUAUACCGCCAAUCAUCAAUAUAGUUGUAUCGCUCCGGUCAAGCUGGCUGCCGCUAUGGAAUUAUCGAAAGUUGUAGGAUUUCUUAGACGGUUUGCUCCAAUUGAACUCGCCGAAACUUGGGACAACGUUGGAUUACUGCUGGAACCGACAGUAUGUCGUGUUCAAAAGGUACUUCUCACGAAUGAUCUCACCGAAUCUGUCGUUGAUGAGGCUGUUAAUUCGAAAGCAAACCUAAUCGUGUCCUAUCAUCCUCUAAUUUUCUUCCCAGUGAAGAGGAUUUGCCAAGAUACAUGGAAAUCUCGAAUUAUAGUCCGUUGCCUCGAAAACCGUAUCGCGGUGUACUCGCCACAUACUUCGUGGGACCACGUCCACGGAGGCGUAAACGAUUGGUUAGCGAAGGCUUUUAACCAACAUCCUCUCAAGAUCGAUGAUAUUCAGCAAUUGAAAGCGUUGCCACAGGAUCUGCCGGAAGGAUUCCCCGGUGCUGGCAUAGGGCGAAAAUUAACGCUGGAGAAACCAGUGUCAUUUGAGGAUGCACUCCGUAUGGUAAAACAACACGUCAGACUCGAACGCGUUCGGGUGGCUCGACCGCUCCAAGUUAAGCAGAUCCAACAUAUAGGGCUCUGCGCAGGCUCCGGCGUAUCUUUGAUGCGACUCGUGCCACAUGGAACAUUCGACCUGAUACUCACUGGAGAGAUGUCACACCAUGAUACACUUGAUUUCGUACAAAAUGGAAGUUACGUGAUACUUUGCGAACAUUCCAACACAGAAAGAGGAUUCCUUCGGGAAUUUAAGGGUGUCCUCGAGGAAGAGCUUCAUUUAGAAGUCGAAGUAUCGACAGUUGAUCGUGACCCGUUGAACGUUGAGUGAUAACAAACAAUGGGCGGGCACUUGUGCCGGGUUGAUCAGUACUGUUACAGAGAGAGCGACCCGCUGUAUAAAACGAAUACAUCGUUGAAAAUAAAAGUGUUUGUUUAGUUUGCUUUUUUCACUCCAGUAAGAACAUAUAUGAGUUAAUGUCUUCAUAGUUCAAAUCAGAAUAAAUGACGGUACGUCACCUAAUUCGUUCAGAAAAUAUACUCCACGGAAGAAUUUACCAGCCUUGGAAACUGAAAUAAUUGUUGGUAUAUUUAUACGGUGAGGAUGAAGCAGCAAUGAAGUAGUUCUUUCACGGGACGCGUUUUAGAAGUCUGGGCAGUGUGGUAGGUUUGAUAGUGGGCGGCACGGUCUGAGUGGUAGGUCUUUAUCAUAAGAUAAGCUGAUACGAAUUUUUUCGAGUGCAUCGCCGUAGCAUCCCUGAAUAUACGGCUAUAGUUGAUCAAACUUCGGUAUUGAAAUACAAUGUAGCGAUGAAAGGGUAGAUUCCUUGAACGAAAUCUAAAUAAACACUUCUUUUUUGUUGAGUAUGAUAACCCGUUAGGAUUUCGAAACCGGGCGGUGAUUGCGAAAGGCGAUCGGGUGUUCUAAUGCUUUUUCUAAAUGUUAUCUAAUCAGGUACAAGCAAACGUUAAUCAGAAAGAUUGUUCAUAAUAAUAACAACUUUUUCAGCUUUUAACGUAGUCUACAAUGACCAAGCGGACCCACCAAGGCUGUAAGCACACGGAAUAGCACCGAAAUACCCAAAGAACAUUUUCUUAUACUGACAGCAUACGAAAGCUAAAAUGACUUAAUAGGAACAAGAAGUAUUUAAAAAAAAAUCCAUAUUUUUGUAAUAUGUUAAACUCGAAUUCGUCAUAAUACAGUCACGAGAAAAUUAGCGACGGCUGUUAAAUAUCCGCAGAUACAAUUUGCAUGUGAGUCUAAAAUGUGACGUAAUGAUCUUCAAUCUUAAUUUCUCCUUCGCAAUAUAUUACACACCAAAUGUUCAACCAAUUAGAUCAGUAAUAAUGCUUUUUUACGAUGAAAGGCAGUG